GCAGCGCGCGUUCGUGUCGCCCAUUGUUAUCCUCGUCGCGUGUAAUGGCUACCGUAGAGUUUGUUGACGGUGCUCGGUCUGUUUGUUCGUGCAUCGGCCUAUCCUGAGCCACGGUACGCGGCGACGUGGCCCAACCUGACGGAAAUAAAAUCAAGAAGAGCUCUACGCCGAAGUACCGCCAAUUUUAUGCAACCGAGAAACCCGCGCUUCGUAUACCAGUCGCCGCAACCGCCACCGCGCUUGGACGACAUGAUCUGCGCGGGUCAACGCUGCUCGUUGACAAGCGUGUAACUCAAAACUGAUUUCGCGGCAUCUACACGGAGCAAGAUUGCAGCGGCGUUGUGAUUAGUGUUAAUUUUAGCGGGAUCUAACGUAACAAGGAGGUGUAUCAAAGCUCUAAAUCGAUCGCCAUUGAUUUUCCGCCGCGACCACGGCCCAACCGACACGAGGAACUUGUUCUCGGAUGUUGUAUAAGACAAAAUAACUAAACCAGUUAUUAAAGUAUCACCAUCAUCAGGAAUAGUGUGACCAGCUGCGCGGCAUUCCGCGCCGCAGUCAUGGCAACUAGAAGAUCAUCCGUUUGGCACCCAGACAUGUAACCCGCGGCGCCCGUGUAGACUAUCACAUGGUCAAAGGCAACAUAUCAAUGGCCCUAGAAUCAAAUGGCAACAACGUGGUGUGGUUGAACACAACCCGUCCUGAUCAAAUACAACAGAGCCAACCGAUCGAGCAGCCUGUGAAGUGUUCCAUGUUUACUCAAACUGAGCAAACCAAUAGUUUUACUCAGACAGAGCAGAGCAAUUCGAGCUACGGUGAUCAGAGACAGCAACAAGCAGCCAUGUUUGACCCACAACAAAUACAGCAGCAGCAAGCUGCUCAAGGUCAACAAUCGCAGCAGCAGCAGUCUCAACAGAUGUAUGUUACAACUGAUAAGAAAGAAGACAAAUCCCAGCAGCAAUCAGCAACUGCGGACUUCCCUUUCUAUUACAAUGUCAACAUGCUCCAAAAGGUUCAAACAAACGCGGUGAGCACAAUCGGUGCGAUCACAACCGACGACAAGGGUUGUUAUCGUUUUGAUGUGCAACCUGUCGGUUAUAACACAUUAUUGAAUCAGAUGAGUAUUGCGGCUGCUACCAACGCGACCUUCAAAUGUGACAUUUGUGGUUUGGUCUUUGGGCACAUGAGUUUGCUGAAUCAUCACAAACGGAUUCAUAAUACAACACCUAGUAAUCUUCAGCAACAACCACAGCAAGUUGUUGUGCAAACACCUACAACAGUUACUGUUGCAACUACUCCAGAGAGACCAUAUACCUGUGAUGUGUGUGGAGCUUGCUUUGCACUGCCAGGAGAAUUAAAGAGCCAUAAGACAAAUAUGCACCAGAAACCAAAGGUGCAAAUUUGUGAAGAUUGUGGUAGUGAGGACCCCUGUGAACAUCAUCCUACUAAAAUUAAAAAGACUAUCAAACCUGGUCAUCAUCCUGUGAAACGAAGGGGUGUUACCAGUGUUACUAAGUGUCAUAAGUGUAAUGGCACAGGAAUCAUUUUUAUUGGUAAACACGACGAAAAACUAGAUUCUGGAAUCAGUUCCCUCGCAAAGUGUGGCGGCUGCAAGGCAACAGGCCGCAUCAUCAUAGGAAGCGGUAAACAAAACAGUCAAAACCAGGCAGAGAAACCGUUUCAUUGUAACGUAUGUGAUGGAACAUUCUCCAGAUAUUCGUCACUUUGGUCCCAUAAGAGACUUCAUUCUGGAGACAAACCUUUCAAGUGUGAAGUUUGUGGCUUAGCUUUUGCAAAAGCCGCUUAUCUAAAAAAUCAUGGACGAGUGCAUACUGGUGAAAAACCAUUUAAAUGUAGUGUUUGUGGUAUGCAAUUCUCGCAAAGUCCUCAUUUAAAGAAUCAUGAGAGAAUUCAUUCUGGUGAACGUCCUUAUCAGUGUGAAGUGUGUGAAAAAACAUUCGCCAGACAUUCAACCCUUUGGAAUCACAGAAGAAUUCAUACCGGUGAAAAACCUUAUAGAUGUAAUAUAUGUGGUUCGGCCUUUAAUCAAGCUACACAUCUGAAAAAUCAUGCGAAAGUUCAUACUGGUGAAAAACCACACAGAUGUGAUAUAUGCGAGAUCGGAUUUUCCGAUCGCUUUGCAUUAAAGCGUCAUCGUGCAAUUCACGAAAAGUACGGUCAAACUGCCCGAAAUCAGAAUGCAAAUAAUCCAAGUAACGCACAGCAAGCGAACGCGAGUAAUCAGCAACAGCAGCAACAGCAGCAGCAGCAGCCCCAACAAACGCAGCAAGGUCAACAGGUUGUCGUGGUGAAUGCCACGACUCCUGUUACCGUGAGCCAAGGUCAAGGGCAAGCGGUAAUGCUUGAAGAAGUCUACAAGUGUCAGGUGACCUUCCCAGAGCCUAAAUGAUUCAGCUAGAGAAUACCUUUCAGGAGCUGGUAAAGGGGUUAAUUUUUUAACCUUUUUAAACAAACAAACAAAAUAAUACUAAUUAACAUUGAGAAUGCGACACAUGUGCGUGCGAGCGUAUAAUAAAAAAAAGAACGAGAUGUAAAGAGAAACGUGAACAACAUUCAGCAAGAGGCAAGUUUCCAGAGUGACUGACAGCACGUUUGCCGUGCAGAUUCUGUGAGAGCAUUAUUUGGUGACAGUUGGGUAUAUCUUAAAUAAAACGCAUGAAAAAAGGGUAUGAAAAAAAGCAAAAAAAAAAAAAUAAUAAGAAAGACUCAGCGAUAUUUUGCGCGAGUGAAUAAUUUUCAUAGGACGUGACUGGGAAGAGUACGGCUCGUAAAAAAUCGGAACACUCUCCCGACCACCGUAAUAGCGAAGAAAAUUUUUAUUAUUUUCAUUACUUUACGAAAAAUACAACCCAAUAUUAGGGAGGAAAGGAAAUGAAGUAAUGAUAAAUUUACUUUAUAUUUUCUCACUCGAGAC